GAUUGACAGGCCAGAGUGUCAGGCGACCACGGGGGGCGGGGCUUCGUGUUGCUCAACAUGGCUGCGCCCUGGUCGGAUCAACAGGUCUGAAGGUGUUCACCAUGUCCAAGGAGCAGGUGAGUGUCAGUGAGCUCCUGCUCUCAUUGGACAGUUCAGAGCUGCAGGAGGCGGAGCAAGUGAGAGCCACAGUCAACGAGCAGCUGAGCUCAGACAGAGGAGGCGCUGUCCUCUUGUCUCUGGUGGAGUAUUACCUGGUCUCCUCGUCCUCUCAGGCCGUCGUCCUCCUGUCCUCCGUCAGAGAGUCUCAUCACAAGCCUCUGCUGGAGAAGCUUAACGAGUCAGUGAACAGACCUGGGACCAGACUGGCUGCUCUCACUCUGCUCGGUCUCCUGAUCCACAAACAGCCUCCGUGGGUUCAUCACAUCAGCCGCUCGCCGCUGCUGCUGUCACUGCUGCGCUGCCUCAAGACUGACGGUGACGUUGUCGUCCUGAUCACCUCCGUCCUGGUCCUCAUCACUCUGUUACCCAUGAUCCCUCAGGCCGGGAAACAACACAUCUACGACUUCUUCGACGUGUUCGGACGCCUCGCAUCCUGGAGCUACAGAAACCCUGGUCAUGUCCCUGUGGUACACCUGGUCCACCUCCAUGCAGCUGUGUACUCUCUGUUCCACCGGCUGUACGGGAUGUUCCCCUGUAACUUCAUCUCUUACCUGAGGCUCCACUACAGCAUGAAGGAGAACCUGGACACCUUCCAGGAGGUCGUCAAGCCGAUGUUGGAACAUGUAAGGGUUCACCCUGAGCUGGUCACAGGGACUCAGGACUACGAACUGGACCCGUCAAGGUGGAGGUGUUUUGAAGUCCAUGACAUCAUGAUCGAGUGCUCCCGAGUGUCCCUGGACCCUCUGGAGUCGUCCUGUGAGGAAGACUCCUCCACCUCCUCCUCCUCCUCGCUGAGAGACCCCCUCUCAUCCCCCACCCCUUCCCCCAGACCUCCCCCUCUGUCCUCCCCCCUCCCCCCCCUUGACCUCACCUGCACUGAGAGCGUCGCUGGGACAGGAAGUUUAGUCUGUCUGACUCUGCCUCCGUUGACCUUUGACACCUCCACACAGGCUGAUGAUGUCACAUGGAGCCCCUCGUCUCACUGUGGUCUUUCCACGCCCCCACCGGACCCUGCUGCCACAGGCUCCGCCCACCCCCUGAGCAGAACCGCCUCCAUCUCAGCUGUGAAAUGUCCCUCACCAGCCGCCGUCCUGGAGGGGAGGGGUCAGAGUGAUGUCAUCGACAACAACCACAGAGCAGGGGUCACAGAGGUCACAUCACCCCACCUCCUCCUCACCUCCACCCCCACAUGUGAUGAGUCUCGCUCAGGUUCCUCUCUCCCCCCUCCUCCCUCAUCCAUCUCAUUCUGCUUCACCCCGCCCAACCCCUCCACCGGCUCCGCCCACAGGUCGGAGGAGGGAGGAGGCCCCGCCCCCUCGUACGAGCCCCUGUUUGAACUGGCUCUACCUCGAGCCGCCACGCUCUUCAUCGGGAGGAAGACUCAGGAGGCACUGGAGAGGCAGCAGGAGAAGGGGGGAGGAGGAGGGGGAAGGGAGGGGGGGGACCACAUCUCCGUCUCCCCUCUGGAGGUUCUGGACCAGCUGAUCGUCCACGGACACGACACCCACGAACACCUCGGCAGAAGGUUGUCAGAAGUGAACAGGUCCGUGGAACGGAGUCACAGUGGAGGUAAACAGCAGAGCAUGAAAAGCAAAGGCCCGGCCGUGGGGGAGGAGCUUCAGUCUCUGAGGAGUGAGUUGUUGCUGAUCCACAGUCAGCUUCAGUACGAACGUUUCAAACGGCAGCAACACGCCGUCAGGAACCGCCGCCUGCUGCGAAGAGUCAUCAACACCACGGUGCUGGAGGAGCACAACGUUGCCAUGAGGGCCCAGCUGGCCGUUCAGGACGAGGAGAUUCGUUCUCUGAAGUCGAGUCUGGAGGAAGAACAAAAACGUUACACACAACUACAGCAGGACACACACACACACACCAACCAGCUGCACACACACAUCCAACAGCUGCUGCUGCAGCAACAGGACGAGCAGAGACACAACCAGAGACUACAGAAUGAGCUUCAGGAGUGUCAGAGCAGCCUGAGAGUCCUGGAGGCGGAGCUUCAGAGAGCCAAUAACAAGGCUUAUAACACUAAACACCAGCUGACCCAGCUGUCACUUAAGCUGAGCAGCAGUGAGCAGCUGCAGCAGCAGAUCUUCAUGUUGAACCAGCAGUUCAUCCUGCUCCGAGAAACCAACAGAGCUCUUACUUACCAGCUGGAGGGAGGAGGGGCCGAGCGCUACACCGAGGCGUCUAUGUUGCAGUGCAGUGUGGGUAAAGAGUACCAGCGUCUGAGGGACAGCGACGUCCAGCAGAGACAGAAGCUGGAGGCAGCCAAUCACAGGAUAGCGGAGCUGGAGAACCAGCUGACCAAGACGGAGCAGCUGAUCCUGGAUCAGAAGAAACUCCUGGAGGAAACCAAGGCCCAGAGCAGAGCGGAGCUGUCGGCCUGUGACAGUCGAUGUGUCGCUCUGCGGACACUCACCCAGAAGCUGCAGACCGAGAUGCUCCAGCUGUACAGUCAGAUCCACCUGGACUUGGACAGUCGAGCUCGGGACGCGUGCGGCAGGCCAAAUGGCGGCAGUCUGGCCCUACCUGUUGCUCAGAGCGGCCUCAGGCCCCGCCCCUCCUCUUCUUCUGUUGGCAUAUUAAACGGAGCUGUGGAGGCUUUCUCCACCUCCCCCCUGCACCUCCCCUCCUGCUCCUCCUCCCCCCUCUCCCUGUCCCCCAUCGAGUCCCCCCUGGCCGUCGGCUCCUACCUGGAGCAGCGAGCACGGCAGUUGUUUGGACCGCCGAAUCACAGCCCCGAGGAGGAGGAGGGGCCGGAGGAGCCAGAGGAUGAUGAGGAGGAGGAGCCACAGGAGGAAGAUGAGGAGGCCCAGCCAGAGAUUCCUGCUCUGGGCCAGGAGGCGGAGGAGGCCAACCUCCCCCCAGGGAGCCCCCCGAGUCCCGGCCUCGCUGCCUUUAAACCCCUGGCCCCCCCUGCAGGUCCGGCCCCCCCUGCAGACCUGACCCUGGCUGUUCGACAGAGGAGACACGAGCUGAGCAUCAUGGACUACGACGAGAUGCUGCCCGAGUACUGAGGAGGACGGGCGGUGGUCCCGGCGUCAGCCGACUUCCUGUUUCCCAUCGUGUCGGAGGAACAACAUCCGACUUGGUGAAUCUGUUCUGACGUACAUGAAGCUGCUCCAACGGCCAAUGAGCUGACGGCGUGUCAGAGACGAGAGCGAAUCACAAAUAAAGUGGAUAAAUCCACUGAUUCUAUAGAAAUGAACUGAUCCGAAAUGUUAAUGUUAUAAAUCGGUGGAACCAAAGAAGGAGGAGUCGAACUGAAGCUACAAACAGCACAUGAAGCUAAUCACACAAUCAUACAACUGUAGAAUGUUACACUAAAAUGAUCUUCAUAAGCUAAUCGACAAGCAGACUGUUGACGUUCAGAGACGGUUUGCUGAUGAGCUAAAGUUCAUUUAACAAAAUAAUAAAUAAUAUUAGUUAAAACCAGCAAGUGUGAUGAAAAAUAAAUUCAUGAACUUUAAUGCUAAACGUUACGCUAAUGUUCGGUCUGAGUCCAGCUGCUGCUCAGAUGUAACAUGAGACAUGAAGUUUAACAGUCGUGUCAUAAAGACCAAAUAUGAUCGUAGAAACUGAACUGAGAAUCACAUUUACACGUCAGAGCAGUUAAAUACGACAGAACUCAUGAAAUAACUCGUACGAACCCAGUGCUAACACGUUAGCUUCUGGCAACAUUACAGCUAACAUGCUAAUAUCAGCGCUCAGGAUGUUUUCUUCAGGUUUGUGUAGAAAACGCUCCGACGCCAACGAGUUUACAAAUGUGGCUGCGCGAACGAAAAAAAUUGUUUUUUUUAUAUGAAUAAAAGUUUAAUGAAAUUAUUUAAGUAGCUCAGGCUCUGUUAGCUGCGCAGUUUAGCCAUGCUAACGAGUUAUCAACUACGACUGAAGGUCCUGAUUUUUACAGUGUAAAUUGUGAAAGUUGGAUUCACGUCCAGAGAAAAGAUUUAUUAAACCAAAAUUUCCGGAGAGGAACUGGAGGGAAUUCACUUUGUGUUGAUGUUACGUUCACUGUGAAGUUAGUGAAGCUAGCGGCUGAGCUAUGAUCCAACUGUUGCUGUAACAUAAAGCAUUCUCACUGUCAAA